AUGGAUGAAAUUACAACGACUACGCUUACAGCCACAUCUACCAUUACUACAAAUGUGCAAACUACCUCACCUUCACCCAUUACUGCAGAUGAUACAACCGAUGCUACGCAUGCAAUCACUACAAAAUCAACAACCGAUGCUACGCCUACGCCUACAACCACAACUUUGCCUACGACCGAUGCUACGCCUACAAUCACUACCAAAUUAACAACUGAUGCUUCGCUUACAAUCACUACUGCAUCGACUACCGAUACUGCACCUACAAUCACUACUUCACCUACAACCGAUGUUACGCCUACAAUCACUACUGCAUCUACAACCGAUGCUACGCUUUCAACCACUAUUGCAUCUAUAACCGAUGAUACCCCUUCAAUAACAACUGAAUCUGCAGCCGAUGCUUCUCCUACAAUCACUACCGAAUUUACAAUGGAUGCUACGUCUACAAUCACUGCUUCACCUACAAACGAUAUAACGCCUACUACCACCAGUGCAUCUACAACCGAUGUUAAGCCUACAAUUUUUUCUUCAUCUAAUACCGAGGAUAUGCCUACAACCACUACUGCAUCCACAACCGAUGCUACGCCUAAAACCAUUACUGCAUCUAAAAUAGGGGUUACGCCUACAACAAAUACUUCAUCCACAACUGAUGAUCCGCCUACAAUUACUACUGAAUCUACAACCGAUGGUAUGCCAAUUAGAACAUUUUCAUCUACAUUCGACACUACCACUACAAUCACUGCUUUGCCUACAACCAAUACUACAUCAACAACCGAUGCAGCGAAUACAAUCACUACCGAAUCUACAACUGAUGGUAUAACUACAAUCACAGCUGAAUCUAAAACUGAUGCUAAAACUACAAUCACUUCUGCAACAACCGAUGCUACACUUAUAAGCAUUAUUGCAUCUACAACCAAUGCUACGUAUACACCCACUAUCGAAUCUGUAACCGAUGCAAAGCCUACAACCACUAUUUCGUUUACAUCCAAAUCUACGCCACCAACUCCAAUUGCAACUACAACCGAGGCUACGUCUACAACCGCUAUUGCAUCUACAACUGAUGCUUCGUCUUCAAGAACUUCUUCAUAUACAACCAAUGCUACACCUACAACGACUACUUCAUCUUCAAACACUGAUACACCUAACAUUACUACAACAUCUACAACCGAUGCUACCCUUACAACCACUCCUGCAUCUACUACCAAUACUAAGCCUACAAUCACUACUUCACCUACAACCGAUGUUACGCCUACAAUCACUACUGCAUCUACAACUAAUGCUACGCUUACAACCACUAUUGCAUCUACAACCGGUGCUCUGCCUACAAUCACUAUCGAACUUACAACUGAUGCUACGUCUACGAUCACUACUUCACCUACAAACGAUCUAACGCUUACUACUACCAGUGCACCUACAACCAAUGCUUUACCUACAAUCACUACUGCAUUUACAAAUGCUGUUACGCCCACCAUGGGUACAACCACUAGUGCAUCUAAAAUCGGGGCUACGUCUACAACCACUACUUCAUCCACAACCGGUGCUCCGCCUACAAUAGCUACUUCAUCUACAACCAAUGUAACGUCUACAAUUACUACUGAAUCUACAUCCGAUGGUAUGCCUAAAACUACUGAUUCGUCUACACUCACAACUGAAUCUACAACCAAUGCUACGCACACAAUCGACACCGAAUCUACAACUGAUGCUACGCCUACAAUUACUACUGCAUCUACUACCGAUACUAAGCCUACAAUCACUACUUCACCUACAACCGAUGUUACGCCUACAAUCACUACUGCAUCUACAGCCGAUGCUACGCGUACAACCACUACUGCAUCUACAACCAAUGCUACGCAUACACUCACUACCGAAUCUACAUCCGAUGCUAUGCCUUCAAUUACUACUGCGUCUACUACCGAUACUAAGCCUACAAUCACUACUUCACCGACAAUCGAUGUUACGCCUACAAUCAGUACUGUAUCUACAGCCGAUGCUACGCUUACAACCACUACUGCAUCUACAACCAAUGCUACGCAUACACUCACUACCGAAUUUGUUACCGAUGCUAAGCCUACAACCACUCACUUGCCUUCAAUUGAUUCUACAAAUGCAAUCACUACCGAAUCUACAACAGAUGAAAUUUUAACAGUCACCAAUGCACCUACAAACGAUGAUACGGCUACAACCACUACUUUAUUUACAUCCAAAUCUACGCCAUCAACCCCAAUUGCAACUACAACCGAGGUUACGCAUACAACCGCCAUUGCAUCUACAACUGAUGCUUCGUCUUUAAGAACUUCUUCAUAUACAACCAAUGCUACACCCUCAACGACUACUUCAUCUUCAACCGAUGAUACACCUAAAAUCACUACAACAUCUACAACCGAUGCUACCCUUACAACCACUACUGCAUCUACUACCAAUACUAAGCCUACAAUCACUACUUCACCUACAACCGAUGUUACGCCUACAAUCACUACUGCAUCUACAACCGAUGCUACGCUUUCAACCACUAUUGCAUCUACAACCGGUGCUCUGCCUACAAUCACUAUCGAAUUUACAACGGAUGCUACGUCUACGAUUACUACUUCACCUACAAAUGAUCUAACGCCUACUAAUACAAGUGCACCUACAAACAAUGCUUUACCUACAACCACUGCUGCAUUUACAAACGCUGUUACGCCCACCAUCGCUACUUCAUCAAAUACCGAGGAUACACCUACAACCACUAGUGCAUCUAAAAUCGGGGCGACGCCUACAACCACUACUUCAUCCACAACCGGUGCUCCGCCUACAACAACUACUUCAUCUACAACCAAUGUAACGUCUACAAUUACUACUGAAUCUACAUCCGAUGGUAUGCCCAUAACAACAUCUUCAGCUACAAUCGACGCUAUCUCUACAAUCACUGCUUUACCGAUAACCAAUAUUGCAUCUACAACCGAUGCUACGAAUACAAUCACUACCAAAUCUAAAACCGAUGCUAAGCCUACAACCACUGAUUCGUCUACAAUCACAACUGAAUAUACAACGAAUGCUACGCAUACAACCGCUACCGAAUCGACAACCGAUGCUCUGUCUUCAAUUACUACUGCAUCUACUACCGAUACUAUGCCUACAAUCACUACUUCACCUACAACCGAUGUUACGCCAACAAUCUCUACUGCAUCUACAACCGAUGCUACGCUUACAACCACUACUGCAUCUACAACCGAUGUUCUGCCUACAAUCACUAUCGAAUUUACAACGGAUGCUACGUCUACGAUCACUACUUCACCUACCAACGAUCUAACGCCUACAACUACCAGUGCACCUACAACCAAUACUUUACCUACAAUCACUACUUCAUUAACAAACGCUGUUACGCCCACCAUCGCUACUUCAUCAAAUAUCGAGGAUACACCUACAACCACUAGUGCAUCUAAAAUCUGGGCAACGCCUACAACAACUACUUCAUCCACAACCGUUGCUCCGCUUACAACAACUACUUCACCUUCAACCAAUGUAACGUCUACAAUUACUACUGAAUCUACAUCCGAUAGUAUGCCUACAACUACUGAUUCGUCUACAAUAACAACUGAUUCUACAACGAAUGCUACGCAAACAAUCGACACCGAAUCUACAACUGAUGCUAUGCCUACAAUUACUACUGCAUCUACUACCGAUACUAAGCCUACACUCACUACUUCACCUACAACCGAUGUUACGCCUACAAUCACUACUGCAUCUACAGCCGAUGCUACGCGUACAACCACUACUGCAUCUACAACCAAUGCUACGCAUACACUCACUACCGAAUCUACAUCCGAUGCUAUGCCUUCAAUUACUACUGCGUCUACUACCGAUACUAAGCCUACAAUCACUACUUCACCGACAAUCGAUGUUACGCCUACAAUCAGUACUGUAUCUACAGCCGAUGCUACGCUUACAACCACUACUGCAUCUACAACCAAUGCUACGCAUACACUCACUACCGAAUUUGUUACCGAUGCUAAGCCUACAACCACUCACUUGCCUUCAAUCGAUUCUACAAAUGCAAUCACUACCGAAUCUACAACAGAUGAAAUUUUAACAGUCACCAAUGCACCUACAAACGAUGAUACGGCUACAACCACUACUUUAUUUACAUCCAAAUCUACGCCAUCAACCCCAAUUGCAACUACAACCGAGGUUACGCAUACAACCGCCAUUGCAUCUACAACUGAUGCUUCGUCUUUAAGAACUUCUUCAUAUACAACCAAUGCUACACCCUCAACGACUACUUCAUCUUCAACCGAUGAUACACCUAAAAUCACUACAACAUCUACAACCGAUGCUACCCUUACAACCACUACUGCAUCUACUACCAAUACUAAGCCUACAAUCACUACUUCACCUACAACCGAUGUUACGCCUACAAUCACUACUGCAUCUACAACCGAUGCUACGCUUUCAACCACUAUUGCAUCUACAACCGGUGCUCUGCCUACAAUCACUAUCGAAUUUACAACGGAUGCCACGUCUACGAUUACUACUUCACCUACAAAUGAUCUAACGCCUACUAAUACAAGUGCACCUACAAACAAUGCUUUACCUACAACCACUGCUGCAUUUACAAACGCUGUUACGCCCACCAUCGCUACUUCAUCAAAUACCGAGGAUACACCUACAACCACUAGUGCAUCUAAAAUCGGGGCGACGCCUACAACCACUACUUCAUCCACAACCGGUGCUCCGCCUACAACAACUACUUCAUCUACAACCAAUGUAACGUCUACAAUUACUACUGAAUCUACAUCCGAUGGUAUGCCCAUAACAACAUCUUCAGCUACAAUCGACGCUAUCUCUACAAUCACUGCUUUACCGAUAACCAAUAUUGCAUCUACAACCGAUGCUACGAAUACAAUCACUACCAAAUCUAAAACCGAUGCUAAGCCUACAACCACUGAUUCGUCUACAAUCACAACUGAAUAUACAACGAAUGCUACGCAUACAACCGCUACCGAAUCGACAACCGAUGCUCUGUCUUCAAUUACUACUGCAUCUACUACCGAUACUAUGCCUACAAUCACUACUUCACCUACAACCGAUGUUACGCCAACAAUCUCUACUGCAUCUACAACCGAUGCUAUGCUUACAACCACUACUGCAUCUACAACCGAUGUUCUGCCUACAAUCACUAUCGAAUUUACAACGGAUGCUACGUCUACGAUCACUACUUCUCCUACCAACGAUCUAACGCCUACAACUACCAGUGCACCUACAACCAAUACUUUACCUACAAUCACUACUUCAUUAACAAACGCUGUUACGCCCACAAUCGCUACUUCAUCAAAUAUCGAGGAUACACCUACAACCACUAGUGCAUCUAAAAUCUGGGCAACGCCUACAACAACUACUUCAUCCACAACCGUUGCUCCGCUUACAACAACUACUUCACCUUCAACCAAUGUAACGUCUACAAUUACUACUGAAUCUACAUCCGAUAGUAUGCCUACAACUACUGAUUCGUCUACAAUAACAACUGAUUCUACAACGAAUGCUACGCAAACAAUCGACACCGAAUCUACAACUGAUGCUAUGCCUACAAUUACUACUGCAUCUACUACCGAUACUAAGUCUACAAUCACUACUUCACCUACAACCGAUGUUACGCCUACAAUCACUACUGCAUCUACAGCCGAUGCUACGCUUACAACCACUACUGCAUCUACAACCAAUGCUACGCAUACACUCACUACCGAAUAUGUUACCAAUGCUAAGCCUACAACCACUCACUUGCCUUCAACCGAUUCUACAAAUGCAAUCACUACCGAAUCUACAACAGAUGCAAUUCUAACAGUCACUAAUGCACCUACAAACGGUGAUACGGCUACAACCACUAUUUUAUUUACAUCCAAAUCUACGCCAUCAACCCCAAUUGCAACUACAACCGAGGUUACGCAUACAACCGCCAUCGCAUCUACAACUGAUGCUUCGUCUUUAAGAACUUCUUCAUAUACAACCAAUGCUACACCCUUAACGACUACUUCAUCUUCAACCGAUGAUACACCUAAAAUCACUACAACAUCUACAACCGAUGCUACCCUUACAACCACUACUGCAUCUACUACCAAUACUAAGCCUACAAUCACUACUUCACCUACAACCGAUGUUACGCCUACAAUCACUACUGCAUCUACAACCGAUGCUACGCUUUCUACCACUAUUGCAUCUACAACCGGUGCUCCGCCUACAACAACUACUUCAUCUACAACCAAUGUAACGUCUACAAUUACUACUGAAUCUACAUCCGAUGGUAUGCCCAUAACAACAUCUUCAGCUACAAUCGACGCUACCUCUACAAUCACUGCUUUACCGAUAACCAAUAUUGCAUCUACAACCGAUGCUACGAUUACAAUCACUACCAAAUCUAAAACCGAUGCUAAGCCUACAACCACUGAUUCGUCUACAAUCACAACUGAAUUUACAACGAAUGCUACGCAUACAACCGCUACCGAAUCUACAACCGAUGCUAUGUCUUCAAUUACUACUGCAUCUACUACCGAUACUAUGCCUACAAUCACUACUUCACCUACAACCGAUGUUACGCCAACAAUCUCUACUGCAUCUACAACCGAUGCUACGCUUACAACCACUACUGCAUCUACAACCGGUGUUCUGCCUACAAUCACUAUCGAAUUUACAACGGAUGCUACGUCUACGAUCACUACUUCACCUACAAACGAUCUAACGCCUACAACUACCAGUGCACCUACAACCAAUACUUUACCUACAAUCACUACUGCAUUUACAAACGCUGUUACGCCCACCAUCGCUACUUCAUCAAAUAUCGAGGAUACACCUACAACCACCAGUGCAUCUAAAAUCGGGGCAACGCCUACAACAACUACUUCAUCCACAACCGGUGCUCCGCCUACAACAACUACUUCAUCUACAACCAAUGUAACGUCUACAAUUACUACUGAAUCUACAUCCGAUGGUAUGCCUACAACUACUGAUUCGUCUACAAUAACAACUGAAUCUGCAACGAAUGCUACGCACACAAUCGACACCAAAUUUACAACGGAUGCUAUGCCUACAAUUACUACUGCAUCUACUACCGAUACUAAGCCUACAAUCACUACUUCACCUACAACCGAUGUUACGCCUACAAUCACUACUGCAUCUACAGCCGAUGCUACGCAUACAACCACUACUGCAUCUACAACCAAUGCUACGCAUACACUCACUACCGAAUCUACAACCGAUGCUAUGCCUUCAAUUACUACUGCGUCUACUACCGAUACUAAGCCUACAAUCACUACUUCACCGACAAUCGAUGUUACGCCUACAAUCAGUACUGCAUCUACAGCCGAUGCUACGCUUACAACCACUACUGCAUCUACAACCAAUGCUACGCAUACACUCACUACCGAAUUUGUUACCGAUGCUAAGCCUACAACCACUCACUUGCCUUCAACCGAUUCUACAAAUGCAAUCACUACCGAAUCUACAACAGAUGCAAUUCUAACAGCCACUAAUGCACCUACAAACGUAGAUACGGCUACAACCACUAUUUUAUUUACGUCCAAACCUACGCUAUCAACCCCAAUUGCAACUACAACCGACAUUACGCCUACAACCGCCAUUGCAUCUACAACUGAUGCUUCGACUUUAAGAACUUCUUCAUAUACAACCAAUGCUACACCCUCAACGACUACUUCAUCUUCAACCGAUGAUACACCUAAAAUCACUACAACAUCUACAACUGAUGCUACCCUUACAACCACUACUGCAUCUAUUACCAAUACUAAGCCUACAAUCACCACUUCACCUACAACCGAUGGUACGCCUACAAUCACUAUUGCAUCUACAACCGGUGCUCUGCCUACAAUCACUAUCGAAUUUACAACGGAUGCUACGUCUACGAUCACUACUUCACCUACAAACGAUCUAACGCCUACUACUACAGGUGCACCUACAACCAAUGCUUUACCUACAACCACUACUGCAUUUACAAACGCUGUUACGCCCACCAUCGCUAUUUCAUCAAAUACCGAGGAUACACCUACAACCACUACUGCAUCUACAACCAAUGCUACGCAUACACUCACUACCGAAUCUAUUACCGAUGCUAAGCCUACAACCACUGACUUGCCUACAACCGAUUCUACAAAUGCAAUCACUACCGAAUCUACAACAGAUGCAAUGCUAACAGUCACUAAUUCACCUACAAACGAUGAUACGGCUACGACCACUAUUUUAUUUACAUCCAAAUCUACGCCAUCAACCCCAAUUGCAACUACAACCGAGGUUACGCCUACAACGCCUAUAAUCACUACUGCAUCUACAACCAAUGCUACGCUUACAACCACUACUACAACAACAACUUCUCCUACAACUAUUACUUCUCCUACAACAAAUACUUCUUCCACAACUUCUACUUCUCCAACAACAACUACUUCUCCCACAACUUCUACUUCUCCAACAACAACUACUUCUCCCACAACUUUUACUUCUCCAACAACAACUACUUCUCCAACAACAACUACUUCUCCCACAACUUCUUCUUCUCCAACAACAACUACUUCUCCCACAACUUCUACUUCUCCAACAACAACUACCUCUCCUACAACAACUACUUCUCCAACAACCACUAUUACACCUACAACGGUUUUCCCACCUACAGCCGCUACUAAACCGAGAACAACUUCUACUUCUACAACCAGUUUACACACGUCAACAAUGGUCCCUGGGAAAGUGCCACUUAACAGAGCGUUUGAAAAUCUAACUGGAUUUAUAGCAGUAAAGAACAUGAACUUGAGGUAA